AUGAUUGUACGAACAGAAGACCAGAAGCUUGUGGACGUCGACGAUGUCGAUUGCUCUUUCUUCUUGGUUACCGUCGAUCUUUGGUCCGCAGAUGGGAAGCAAGAAAUGAAUCUAGUUUUACACCCUUCAUCGACAGACAAGUACGCACCGCCAAACCCGCCCACCAAACCUAGCGCCAGUACUACCCGUCGCCGCACCAUUAGCUCCUCCUCCCGGCCACCCGGCCACCAGGCGUCUAACUCCAGUACCCCGGCUCCGCCCAGGCCGGACGAACAGCCUCCAUCGAGUAAUGGCUCAGGAUAUUACCCUUCCCAGUCGCAAGACAAUUUGACGCCGAGUUCCCCCUAUCCCCCGCAUUCUAAUUCCGAGCAACCUCAAACGUGGGGUUAUCCUCCGCCACCACCCAUAGACCGCGCAGCUCCAUUCCCUCCGCCCGUUUUGCCCUCAAUACAAUCCUUUAACCGCACUGCCUCGGGUGAUUGGAACCCCUCUAAUAACGACGACAACUAUCCUAUCGACCCCGCUCUUCGCAACCCCGAAGGGUACACUAAUAAUGCACAGCCGGACCAGCCCACCUACGGAUCGGGGACGACCUAUCCGCCGAACUACCAAACCCCGCCCAUGCCUCCAAACUCCGGAAAUGCUACACCACAGAACAACAUCCCUCGAAAUCUCGCCACUUACACAAGAACCCUUGUUGGCCCGCUUUCAGCCAACGCAUGCCGUUUGUUAGACGAACAUCGCAAGCCAGGGAUCUUCUUCCUUUUCCAAGACCUUUCCGUACGAACCGAAGGAACCUUCCGUCUUCGGAUGCGGCUUAUGAAUGUGGGAGCUCCUCCUGCACCAGAGCCAGGAUCAUGUCGCGUUCACAAUGACAUAUCACCGAUCCUAGCCCAAACAUUCACAGAACCUUUCAUCGUUUACUCAGCCAAGCGAUUCCCUGGCGUUCCAGACACCACUGCCUUGUCUAUUGCGUUUGGUAAUCAAGGUCAGAAGUUGCCCUUGCGAAAUCGCCAUGGAACAGGCAGUAAGCGUAGACGAAGAAAUCAAUCUGGCUCCGAGGGCGAAUCUGAAGAUGAUUCCUAA